AUGAAAGGCUGGUACAAAGGCGACUGGAUGAUGUGGGGGCCCAUGCCAUGGAUGCCCAUGCCCUAUCCCAUGGGCCCCAUGGACUUCGGCAAAGGCAAAGGCUACGGAAAGGGCUUUGGCGCACCGAAAGAGGCCAGGGGCCUGGUGCGCGCGGUGGUCUCGGCACAAGUGGUUCCAGGUGGCAAAUGGAACAACGACGACAACACGCUGUUUGUGGGCGGGCUGCCCCCUGAUACCACAAACCUGGAGAUGUAUCAGAUUUUCUCCGCCUUUGGGCCGAUUGCUCCAAGGGGAGCUACAGCUCUGCUGGACAAAGACACCGGAAAGUGUACAGGCAUUGGUUUCAUCAAUUACAUGAAUGCCGAGGCUGCUGAGAAGGCCAUCCGAGCUUUGAAUAGUUGGCCUUUUGAAGAUGGUUCCAGAUUGACAGUGAAGAAGAAGGGGCCACCCAAGUCAAAAGGUGAAGGAAAAGGAGAUCGAGGAGACAGAGACCGCGAUAGAAGCGAGAAAGGUGAAAGAGGAGACAGAGACCAAUGA